UUUAUCCAGCCCCCUGGAACACCACCCACCGAGGUCCUGCAGUUCGUGCUGCCACCCUCUGCCCUGCCUUGGCUACAUGCGGUGGCCUACUACCUGCGCCAGAACCUGCUCAUCUUCCUGCACACCCCAAAGUACACCGACAGCAACGUGGAGCACCACUUCAAGCACUACUUCAACCACAGCGGGAGCGUCCCUGACCAGGAUCUUUAUCUGUACAACAAGCCAGGCGGCCAAGGCACUGGUGGAAAAGGCAUUGCGUGCAUUGCGCUGACCUUUGUGGAUGAGCACGGCAGCCCCGCCUCGCUGCCCCAUGGGGAGAGGCCCGACCCUCUGAAGACACCUUCCUCCCUGCCUGUCACGGGCCUGCUGCAGGACACCGACUUCGAAAGCCUCACCGCGGUCAGCAGGCACCCGGCAGAGGCAGGCACGCUGCCUUCAGAGCCCCACGUGCUGGUACGCCUGGAUAUCUGGGAGAAGGGCAACAUCAGCCUGCUGCAGCUGUCGGAGAAGCUGCGCGGGGCCCUGCGCCACGCUCUCUGCGACGCCGUCAUGGAGUUCCUGGUGCUGUCCGCCCCGCUCUGCGUGGAAACCGCCUGCCCCCUGGGUAGCUUGGACCUGGAGGAGCUGAGCUCUGCAGGAGGCCUAAGGAGAACCAUGUCAGAGACCAAGGGCCUGGCCCUGGCCACUGGUGGGACUGGCAGGAACUGUCCUCCACCCUUGCACUUCACUUCUGCCCCUUCACCCGGCCCUGGGGAGCCAGUGACACCCACGAACAAGCUGGGACGCCGCAGCUUCUGGGACAUGCUGAGCAAGGUAGAGUCCUCUGAGCUGGGCAGCCCCAAGACUACUGAUGACAUUGUAUUGGAGAAGCCAGAAGAGGCUCGCACAAGGCGGCGGCACAAGACUGAGAGUGUCAAGCAGCACCUGAGCCAGGAUCGGGCCGCAGCCACAGCUGAACUGGAACAGGCACAGAGGCGCCGAGCUUGCCAGUUGGAAGAAGGGGAUGUAGGUACCAUGCACCCACUCUUCAAUCAAACCUGCCAGCAGUGGAUGGCAUUCAUGAACCACUUGGGGUGCCCAUCGGUGCAGCAGUGCUCGGCAGAGAUUGUGUCUCGAUUCCUCCUGCCCUCCAUCCUGGUGGAAGUGGUGAACCUGGUCACUGCCCUGGCGAGCGACACCACCGUCAAGGUGUUUGAGCGGAUCUG